AUGUGGCUCCGACCUAUCUCGACCAUUCUGAUCGGAUUCGCUAUCCUCGUCACCCUGGUCAGCGCUGAUCCGCCCAAAGCCGCGGUAGCAUUUGUUGAUGUCAAGUUCGACGACAAGGCGGCUGUUUGGUCGCUUCUGCUGGAUCACAGGUACAGCAAGGUCAUUGCAGUCACUACCGGAGUAAACGAUCAUGGUCGCGCAGCCUUCGAGCUGGACGGGUACCUAAAUCGACAAAAUGCCAUGGCCAACAUCCAAUUUGACAAGAACAAGCUGCAGAUUCUCCAAGGCUCCAACCCCCUGGGCAAAGCGGCCCCUCAUGAAGCAUGGUGGGAUGGUCUUGCGAGACUCCGCAUUGCGGCGGCUGACAGAUCCUCUUUAAGACGAUCUCUACAUGGAUAUCACGUGAGCGUGUUCCAGAUCGCACCCACCGCUCCCGAACAAGUUGAAGCGGUGCUCCGUGCAGCUGACCCAGGCUCGAUCGACUCGUACAUGCUCUUGCACGGAUAUAACAGUCGACAAGCAUCGAUGGAGGCGCAGACUAGCUUUCUGCGCCGCUUGCGAACGUGGGUUCAGGCCAACAAUCCCGAAGCCGAAGUGUUCUUCACCUCGUCCAUGGACACUUAUGCCGAGAAAAAUGGAGGCAAGCAGCCAUACAGUGCGAUCCAGCACAUGUUCCCGCGACAUGAUCUUGAUCAAGCGAUGCAAGACCCGUUCUGGUCGUCGCAGCUGCUCCGGGCGCAUAAGCAGAGAGAUCUGAACAUCGCACCUUUCCCGGUUCAGGACAAGGAGCAGCUCGACUCGAUCAUCUAUUAUGCCAGAACCAAUCCGGAACACCCCAACAGUCAGCUCUGGCGCGCUGCGAUCCGGGAUUACAUCUGGACGGCUCUCGCGAACAAUCCCGGCAAGGAAAAGGACAAUUUGGUGUUGACCAGGCUGCUCCAUACGCAUCUUCCUGAAUUUACAGGCGAUGCGACGCUCGAGCUAGCGGAUGCGGCCCAUAUUGCCGCUUUCCAUCGAUACCAAGCUGGUGGUAGUGGUAUGCAAGCUGAGCCCAUUGAGUUCUCUGCACAUGCUCCUGCUGAGGGUGAAAAGGUGAGGUUCUUUCCAGCCACGUCGGAGCUACACGGCUACCUUCUCCGAGGAGCGAAUCGAGACCAGGAUUUGGCGUACAUCAAGUAUUUGGCAGGAGUUCAUUUCUAG